AUGAUAUCUGGGCUCUACAUGCUACUGUGAGCAGUGGCGACGGCGCUACUGAGCCGGCUGGCGGUGGCGGUGGUGCCGGUGGUGCGAUGCGAUCUGUGCGACACGCGGGCUCUGAAGCAGUGUAAGCCCAUGGUGCCGGAGUGCCUGGAGCUGGUGCGCGAACCGGGUUGCGGGUGUUGCUUAACGUGCGCCUUGCAAGAAGGACAGCCGUGCGGCGUCUAUACUGAGCGCUGCGGCUCCGGGCUCAGCUGCCGGCCCCGAAGCGACGAGCCGAAACCUCUGCAGGCGCUGCUCGAUGGCAAGGGUCUCUGCAUCAACGUUAGCGGCGACGCAGCGGGCGGCAGCAGCAGCUCCUCCGCCAGCAACAGGAUCCGUGACGUCCUCUUUCGCGGGACCCACAAACCAGGGAAUUCCAGUGAUUCAGAUGAAGACCAUAGUAUUAGUAGUACAGAAAAUCAGUCUGUUCCCAACACCAACAGGAUGUUAGAUUCCAAGUCACAUGUCCAUCAGACCAAAAUAGAUGUCAUAAAGAAAGAAUAUGCCAAAAAUACCCAACGCUACAAGUACGAUUCACAAAGCACAGACACACAGAAUUUUUCUUCUGAAUCUAAACAGGAGACUGAAUAUGGUCCAUGUCGAAGAGAGAUGGAAGAAACAUUAAACAAUCUGAAGAUUCUGAAUGUUUUAAGCCCAAGAGGAUUGCAUAUUCCAAACUGUGACAAGAAGGGAUUUUAUAAGAAAAAACAGUGUCGUCCAUCCAGGGGCCGGAAGAGAGGAUAUUGCUGGUGUGUGGAUAAAUGUGGACAGCCACUCCCUGGAUAUAAUGGGAAAGGGAAAGGAGAAGUCCAUUGUUACAAUUUAGAAAACAAAUGAGAGGAGGCCACCAUUUUCCAUGGAUACUGUAUAUGGCAUUUUUACCAGUCAGAGAUCUUGGAGUGACUGGGCUACAGCGUGGAAUGCAUUGGACUUUGGAAUUCUGAGUUUUAGUCCCUAUAUAUAUUGGGGAGAGUCAAUGACUCCAGAUUCUGCAGCUGCAUCCUGCCACUGAUUCACUUUCUGCUUUCAAUAGAUUUACAUAGGGAGCUCUGAUAUCCUAUAUAAAUCUGCACUAUUGACCCCCAAAAUGAAUAAGAAAAGAGAAAAAAGGUACUUCAGAAUGGAUUCAGGGAGCAUCCACUCACUUUGGUUUCUGUUUUUUAAAUAAUGGCCUGUGAUCAAUUUGAUCCUGAAAAAUAACUAUGUUUUUAUUUUGAAGAAUUUGCAGACUGUAAGUAUUGUGAAUAUAUAGGUAUGACACAACCCAAGCUAAGCACUUUUAAGUUACAUCAGUUAUCCAUAUGUUUAAACAUCUUCCAUUGAAAGAAAAGAAACUUAAGUUGCAAUCUUUAACCUUAAAGAAUGAGCCCCAUUAAAUUCAAUGAGAAUGUAUAGUUGAUAAAUGUGUAGAUUAUGCUAUUAAUAGUGCUUGGGCUGAAUCAUACUCAAGGUUUUAAACUAAGAUGUUUUGUUUUUAUACAGGUCUUAAGAGAACUUUAUUUCACUGGUAAAAUAUGUUUUAUUAAAAGAAAAAGUUCAAAGAACUUUUAAAAGAUACAUGUUUUCUACUUGGUUAUUUUUCCUAUAUAA